AUGUUAAAUGGUCGUUUACCGCUGUUGCGAGUGGGCAUAUACAGAAAUAUGCUGUCCCGUCCCCGACUGCCUAAACUGCUAUCCAUGAGGUUUCGGUCUCUGCUCACCCCUUCUUCAUCGCAGCUCAUUCCUAUCAAUCGCUUAUGUUUACGGUCUCCUACAAUUGGCAAAUCACUAGUUUUGCAAUCCUUCAGAUGUAAUUCAUCCAAAACAGAACCGCAAGCCUCCCUGCCUUCAGCCUCUUCCGUAUCUAAAGGAACGGCAAAUUCAGCACACGCAAAGGAGCAAUCUAAAAGCGAUGACUAUAAAGAUAUAAUAAGGCUAUUUAUGUUGGCAAAACGGGAUUGGAAACUGCUUCUUACAGCCAUACUUCUUUUAACGAUAUCAUGUUCUAUAGGAAUGUCAAUUCCUAAAGUCAUAGGUAUUGUUCUUGACACGCUUAAGACGUCAUCUGGCUCGGAAUUCUUUGAUUUGAAAAUACCCAUUUUUUCCUUACCCCUAUAUGAGUUUCUUUCAUUCUUUACGGUUGCUUUACUGAUUGGUUGUGCUGCAAAUUUUGGUAGAUUUAUAUUAUUGAGAAUAUUAAGUGAACGUGUUGUCGCUCGUCUGAGGGCAAAUGUCAUUAAAAAAACACUGCAUCAGGAUGCUGAAUUCUUCGACAAUCAUAAAGUUGGAGAUUUGAUUUCUCGCUUAGGAUCUGAUGCGUAUGUCGUUUCAAGAUCAAUGACCCAAAAGGUCUCGGAUGGGGUCAAAGCCCUCAUCUGUGGUGUUGUUGGAGUAGGGAUGAUGUGUUCCUUGUCACCUCAGUUAUCAAUACUAUUGCUGUUCUUCACUCCACCGGUUCUUUUCAGUGCCUCAGUGUUUGGAAAACAGAUCAGGAACACCUCUAAAGACCUUCAAGAAGCUACUGGUCAAUUGACUAGAGUUGCUGAAGAACAACUAUCUGGUAUUAAAACAGUUCAGUCAUUUGUUGCUGAAGGUAAUGAAUUGUCUAGGUAUAAUGUUGCAAUUAGAGAUAUUUUUCAGGUGGGGAAAACCGCGGCAUUUACAAACGCAAAGUUUUUUACUACAACUAGUCUUUUAGGUGAUCUAAGUUUCUUAACCGUCCUUGCGUAUGGUUCCUAUCUUGUUUUACAAUCCCAGCUCUCCAUUGGUGAUCUUACUGCAUUUAUGUUGUAUACAGAAUAUACGGGGAAUGCAGUAUUUGGCCUUUCUACUUUUUAUUCGGAAAUCAUGCAAGGUGCUGGUGCCGCUUCCAGGUUAUUUGAAUUAACAGAUAGGAAACCUUCCAUUUCACCCACAGUGGGACACAGAUAUAAACCAGAUCGUGGUGUUAUCGAAUUUAAAGAUGUUUCAUUUAGCUACCCUACGAGACCUUCUGUUCAAAUAUUCAAGAAUUUAAAUUUUAAAAUUGCGCCGGGAUCGAGUGUUUGCAUUGUGGGCCCCUCAGGUCGUGGUAAAUCUACAAUUGCGCUCUUGCUACUGAGAUAUUAUAAUCCUACAGCAGGAACUAUUAUGAUAGAUAACCAAGACAUCUCCAAAUUGAAUUGCAAAUCCUUAAGAAGGCAUAUCGGUAUAGUUCAGCAAGAGCCGGUACUUAUGUCAGGUACUAUUCGAGACAAUAUCACUUACGGGUUGACAUAUACUCCAACAAAGGAAGAAAUUAGAUCGGUGGCGAAGCAAUGCUUUUGUCAUAAUUUCAUUACGAAAUUCCCGAACACAUACGAUACGGUAAUUGGUCCUCACGGCACCUUACUGAGUGGCGGACAAAAGCAACGUAUUGCCAUUGCAAGAGCUCUGAUCAAGAAGCCAACUAUCUUGAUUCUCGAUGAAGCUACAUCGGCUUUGGAUGUUGAAAGUGAAGGAGCCAUUAACUAUACAUUUGGUCAACUGAUGAAAUCAAAAUCGAUGACUAUAGUUAGCAUCGCGCAUAGGCUAAGUACGAUCAGAAGAUCGGAAAACGUUAUUGUUCUUGGCCAUGAUGGAUCAGUGGUAGAAAUGGGCAAAUUUAAAGAAUUAUACGCUAAUCCAACAAGUGCUUUAUCGCAAUUGCUCAAUGAAAAAGCGGCCCCUGGGCCAUCUGAUCAACAACCGCUAAUAGAGAAGGUCAACGAAAAGGAGGAUUUAAAUGAGAAUAAGAAGCAUGAUCCCCAGAACAAGGAUGAUAAUGAUGAUAAUGAUAAUAAACAUGAUAAUGACAGCAAUAACGAAUCCCCAGAGACGGAAGACAAAAAGUCAGAUGAUAUUGAAGAAUCCGUCGAACAUCUCCUGAAAGACGCGGCAAAGGAGGCGAACCCAAUUAAGCUCACACCACAACCGUGA